AUGAACAACGAAUCGACACGGCCUUCCAAUGGUCGGCAUCACAGCCAAAGGCAGAACAACGAAUUGGCCAAUGAGGAGAUCGGCCUGGACGAAAUUCGGGCACCCCCACCUGAUCGAAACCUUGACCAUGGCCCGAGACUUGAGUCCAACCGAAGGUCUUCAGCGGCAAGAGACACCGAAGAAACCACUCUAUCCAGAGAAGAGUCGGGCCUCGAUGAGCUCUUCGCCCCCCCACCCGACGAGAACCCAAGCGAAGACGAAGCCUACCGACAUGACGAUUUGGAGCAUCGUAGCAAUAGCAAAUCGAAACACGAGGAAUCUGGGAGCGCAGAUGAAGUCACAAAGCUAUCGCGCUUCCUGGUACAAUUAUACAUCUACUCCUACAUCAUAUGCUUUUCUAUCUUCGGCGUGCUUGCAAGAAUUGGCUUGCAGUCCUUGACGCUCUAUCCCGGGGCAUUGAUACCCAAUACGGACCUAUGGGCGAAUUUUGCUGGCUCUCUCAUCAUCGGAUAUUUGCGAGAGGACCGCACUCUCUUUCGCAGACACUGGCAGAAGGCGCAGGGCGAACAUGACAAGCGCGCGGAUUCAUCGGAAAGGCUUGAAGGAUCACGCAGCGACAGUGGAGAACAAUCGGCGGACGGACGAGGAGCCGCAGUCGAAGCUGCAUUUCGCGCUUCUCGAGGUCAGGAGCCUGGAUACCUCGGUCUUACUGUUGGCUUCUGCGGAUGUUUCACUUCUUUCGCAUCGAUAUGUCGGGAUUCUUUCCUGGCAAUAUCAAACGACAUCAAUACGGAUGAUGUUGCGAAUCACUUCGUGACAUCUUCGGCUAGGAGUCGCGAGGCAGGCUACAGCGUCAUGGCUGUCCUCGCCGUGCUUCUCUUAGAGAUAGGAUUGAGUAUCAUCGCCUUAAAGAUAGGCGCACAUCUGGCCGUCUUGACAGAACGGUUGGUCGAAGACGCAACGGUCAAUGUUGACUUUUCCAAGAUCCUCAAUCCAUUGUUCCUUUUCCUGGCCUUCGGCGUAUGGAUUGGCGCUAUCGUCUUGACCAUUUUUGGUCCAUAUGAUGCAUGGCGCGGAAAGGUCCUCUUCUCCCUUGUCUUCGCGCCGGUGGGCUGCAUUCUGCGUUUCCAGCUGUCGGUUCGCAUGAACCGUUUGAUCGCGGCAUUCCCACUAGGAACAUUCACGGCCAAUGUGCUCGGCACAGCGGUUUUGGGCAUCGCGUACGAUCUGCAGCACUCCUCGGCGGCUAGCAGUGUCGUCGGGUGUCAAGUGUUGCAGGGCAUUGAAGACGGA